AUGAAAUCUAACAUAUCAUAUGACGAGGGUCGCUACAUCGCCAAGCUUCCAUGUAAAGAUGACCAUCUGCCGUUGCCGACCAAUUAUGACGUUAACGUAGGACGUACAGAAAACUUGAUCAAGCGGUUGCGUAAAACACCACUCAUGUUGCAGAAAUAUGACGAGAAAGACCGGAACGUCACGAGAUUUCUAUGGCUGAGUGACCCAAGUGACCCCGACUCCCCGCUGACCACAUACAGGUUCAAGGCCGUGCUGUUUGGGGCUACGUGUUCUCCAUUCAUCCUGUGCGCAACCAUCAUCAAGCACCUAGAAAACAACAGUGACAACCGGCACACAUCCAGAAUGUAUGAUCCGCUUGGACUCCUCAUCCCAGUCACCAUUCGAGCUAAGAUCAUAUUGCAAGAAUUGUGGAAGAAGAAAUAUGCCUGGGACUCACCACUUCCACGCGAGCUACAACAGAAAUGGCAGGAAAUAGCGCGAGACAUGAACAGAACAGAUCACUGUGACGAGCCUGAGCCACAGUCACCGUCAGAAUCUUCAACAAACACCAUUACUGGAAUCCAUGAUAUCAUAGAUAUGACCAGAUACAGCACUCUCGGGAAGCUGCUACUCGUCAGCGCCUACGUAUUACGGUUUGCACAAAACUGCAGACUUGAAGUUUCAUCCAGAAGACUAGAACACCUGACAGCGAGUGAGCUUCAACAGACAGAAGAAUUAUGGCUCAGAAGUUGUCAACAAUCUACUUAUGGCGAGGAAAUCAAGAAUCUCAGUUCAAAUGGAAAUCGCCUUCCAUUGGUUAGGCAUUUGAGACUGUUCCUAGAUGCCACCGGCUUCGUUCGUUGUGGUGGGCAUAUUCACAAUGCGCCGCUAUCAGAAAAGUUUCCAUACCUACUUCCUCAGAAACAUCCAUUCGCACGUCUGGUUGUAAUCGAUGCCCACGAGAGGUUACUUCAUUCUGGGUCAAGUUUAACCAUUACAUACCUCAGACAGAAAUACUGGAUACCGGUUAUCCGACGUUGCGUGCAGUCCGUGUUACGGGCCUGCGUUAUAUGCAGACGAGUUAACGGCAACUCCUACCAUGCGCCUGAUCCACCACCAUUACCAAAAAUACGAGUAGAGGACACAGAACCGUAUACAGCAACUGGUGUAGACUUUACUUGUGCGUUGUAUGUACGCGAUAAAGACGGACAAGAAAAGAAAGCGUACAGUUGUUUGUUUACAUGUGCAUCGACCCGAGCUGUACACAUUGAACUCGUGCCGGAUUUUACAACAGAAACAUUUCUGCAAGCGUUUCUUCGCCGAUUCCGCAGCCGGAAAUCCCUUUUACGUCUGAUGAUAUCAAAGAGUACUACAUAUAUUGGAGCAGCGAAUCAUCUACGUGAACUCAUGCAAUCAAAUGCAGUACAGGAAGAGCUCAACAACAAAGGAACAGAAUGGCGCUUUAUCGUAAAACCUGCUGCGUGGUACGGAAGAUGGUGGGAGCGCCUGAUUGGGUUGACCAAAACUGCCGUCAAGAAGGUACUGGGUCGAUCGUAUGUGGACUCCGAGACGUUAUCCACUAUCAUCACAGAAGUGGGGGCCGUUAUCAAUGACCGUCCACUAACUUACGUCACUUUUGGAGAGGUCGAGACGGAGCCAUUGACGCCAUCUCACUUGCUGUUUGGAAGACGACUUACAAAGUUGCCUUAUUCCGAAGACAUUGAACUUCCGGGACCCCGUGCGAGUAACUUUGAAAACAUCACGAAGCGAGCGAGGACCCAGAAAAAGUUAAUUGACAAUUUCCGCGUACGAUGGAAGCCUGAACAUUUAACCGCUAUAAGGGAGCACCACCGUGUUUCCGGCAAAAAACAGCAAACGAUCAAGUUUGACGACGUUGUCCAGGUCCAUAACGAGACACCGAGGUCCUCAUGGAAACUAGCAGUUAUGGAGGAGACCAUAACCGAAAACGAUGGGUUGGUUCGUGCAGCGCGGAUUCGGACACAAAAUGGACAUCACACUACCCGCCCUAUCGUAGAACUGUAUCCUCUAGAAGUGCUGUGUGACACCGUCAGUGCAAGAGACUAA